AUGACUAGCCCUGCGAUCCUCUUCUCCAUCCUGCUGUGCGUCUGUACCUGCGCCGUGAGCGUCUUCGCGGCACCCUCCGAGGUCGUUUCGCUCCCGAGGCCCAACGCAGAGCGCGUGCAAGAGAUGGCCGUGUACGCAGCAGUCUACUACAACCUGCGCUCAACCGAUCAGUUCGCCUUCAAAGUGACCAAGGUUCUGGACGUGCAGACCACGAUCAAUGGAGGCGUAGUAUACUCGAUGGACGUCCUGCUGAGCCGGACACACUGUCCGAACGGGAGAACACCCAACCUGGAAUCCUGUGCGCUCUUUAGUUCGCCUCCUGAAGCUCAGACCCUAAGGUGCCACUUUGUGGUCCUCAGUGAGCCUCUGGAUGACCAGAAGAGCCUGCUAGACAGCAGCUGCACCGUGACCAGUCAGUAA